AUGUUUGGAAUUAAAUUAACUAUUGAAUUUGAUGUUAAACUUUAUUUUACACCUAAUAAUAUUUUAUUAUUAUUAGGAUAUUUAAAUGCUAUUGAUACACCAAAAGAUCUUAUUCUUUUGAGAUUAAUAAAUAAAAAAUUUGUUAUUCAACAAAUUACUAAUGGACAUAAUACAUUUCAAUAUCAUUUUACUGAUGAAGUUUCUUUUUCAAAAUAUAAAGUUAAUCCUCUAAUUGAUCGUCUUACAAAUUCGUUUUGA